AUAAAUAGCACCAACAUGUAUGCAAGUCGCAAGAGGAAAAAGCCCCAGAGAAGUGUGAAGCCACCUCCAGAAGGAGCCAAAUCAAACCCUUCCAAGAGGCACCGGGAACGCCUGAAUGGGGAGUUGGACAGGCUGGCCAGUCUGCUUCCUUACCCCCAGGAUGUCAUCUCCAAGCUGGACAAACUGACCAUCCUCAGGCUUUGUGUCAGCUACCUGCGUGCCAAGAGCUUUUUCAAUGUGACCCUACAAUCCACAGCCUCCCAGCGCCCAGAGAGUAAUGUUCUGAAGAAGAAAGAACUUCACGUUCCAGAGGGAGAGCUGUUACUACAGGUGUUGAAUGGCUUUGUUCUGGUCGUCACGGCUGGUGGCACAAUCUUCUAUGCAUCCUCCACCAUCCAGGACUACCUGGGCUUUCACCAGUCAGACGUCGUCCAUCAGAGUGUUUAUGACGUCAUUCAUAUGGAGGACCGAGCAGAGUUACAGAGACAGCUCCACUGGGCCCUGAACACCCCUGACACUGGACAGCUGGUCUCAGAACCUCCAACCCCACCUUCAUCCCUGACACUGGACAGCUGGUCUCAGGUAACCUCCAACCCCACCCUCAUCCCUGACACUGGACAGCUGGUCUCAGGUAAACUCCAACCCCACCUUCACACUGGACAGCUGGUCUCAGGUAACCUCCAAUCCCACCCUCACACUGGACAGCUGGUCUCAGAUUCAGCCUCGCCAGAGGCGCUCCCACCAGAGAAUUCCACCUUCCUGGAACGCAACUUUGUCUGCAGGUUAAGAUGUCUCCUGGACAACUCCACUGGCUUCCUAGCCCUGAAAAUCCAGGGGCGUCUGAAGUUCCUCCAUGGCCAGAGCGAGAGGACAAAGGAGGGCAAGGCCAUCCCGCCUCAGCUGGCUCUGUUCGCCCUGGCCUCUCCCUUGCAGCCCCCCACCAUCCUGGAGAUCCGCACCAAGAACUUAAUCUUCAAGACCAAGCACAAGCUGGACUUCACCCCCAUUGCCUGUGACGCCAAAGGGAAGAUGGUGCUGGGUUACACUGAGGCUGAGCUGUGCAACCAUGGCUCAGGAUACCAGUUCAUCCAUGCUGCUGACAUGCUGCACUGUGCUGAGAACCACAUGAGGAUGAUAAAGACCGGAGAGAGUGGGAUGACAGUAUUCAGGCUGCUGACCAAGCUGACAGGCUGGGUGUGGGUGCAGGGUAACGCCAGACUGGUCUACAAGAACGGACAGCCUGAGUGUAUCAUCGCAUCCCAAAGAGUCCUCACUGAUGAAGAGGGAGAGGACAACCUAAGGAAGCGGAGCCUCCAGCUGACUUUCAGUUACACCACUGGGGAGGCUCUUCUCUACAACACCAGCUUCCCCAAGACUCUGGUAACAGGGGACUCCUUAGCAGGCGACACCACCGGCCCUGCAGGAAAUAUCACCAACAACAACCAGGAUGGAACCCUAGACCCUGACUCACUGCUGGGCUCUCUGCUGAAACAGGAUAAGUCCAUCUACUGCUGCUCCCCUCACACUCAGAACGAGCUCCAACUCCCUCUCCAACUCCAGGAGGAGGUGGCAGGGGUUCCACAGGAGGAGGUGGCAGGGCUUCCACAGGGGGAUUGUGGGGGCAUCUUCUCCAGCAGCUGGCAGGAGGGCAGCAUCCGCUCUCUGUCGGAGAGUGUCCUCUUCAAGCAGGAGCCGUUGGGGGUUGGGGGUGGCGGGGGGAUCGACGGCUUCUCAUCGGAGGACAGAGACAGAGACAGGGAUUUGUGGAGCUUCAUGAUGAACCUGGGCAUCAGUAGGGAGGACCUGGAGCUGUUCCAGCAGGAUGAGAUGUUCCUCGAUGUGGAUCUGGACACUGGCCGAGACCGCCUCCUUCCUGACCUGACAGACGAGAUUCUCUCCUACGUACAGGAGUCUCUGAGGAAGAGGUCGGACUGGGGUCAGACUGUAUUAUCUUGCAGGGGGGCUAAGUUAGGGGAACAGGACUAUAGCAGCCCUACCAUGCUGUUACACCAACCAUCUAUGGAACAAUCACAAACCCCACAUCUACAUUCUACUACAGUUCUGUUACACCAACCAUCAACCUCACAACCACAUUCUUCUACAGUGCCUCAGUGUCAGUCACAGAUACAGCCACCACAGCUGCCUGUAGUCCAUCCCCUAUCAGUUCACCACUAUCGGCCUCCGCCCCACUACCCACAGCAGCCAAUACCGCAGCAGUGUUUACACACACAGCCCCACCCACAGGCAACACAGCAGCAGAAACAGAGCCAUCUAAAUGGACAGGUAUUGCCAAACCAACAGCAGCAGCAGCUGUGUAACAGACUGAAGCACAUGCAGGUGACUGGGACGGGUUCAAUAACACAAAGACAGAAAGACAUCACCAAGCAGCAGCAGCAGAUUCCUCCAUUGUUCAAUGUGGAGCAGCCAGGGGGCUCCAGACUCGCCACGGCCACCCCAGCAUGGGCACCUCUGCCUGGGGAAGCUUCCCUGGGCCUCCCCUACAGGAACCAGCUGAACACUUUGUCUGUUAGCCGCUCUUCAGUGCUCUCCUCCUAUGUACCCACCACGGGCCUCCAGAGCCAGGGGGUGGACGGAGACCUCAUGCCCCAGAAUUUGGAGGAGUUCCUGGGCAGCCUGGAGUCCAGUGGUCCCCGAGGGACAGAGGAUGGUAGGGGAGCGCUCCAGUGGAGUGUGGUGGAGGCCCUGGGUGUGUUCCAGCAGCAGAGGCACCUCCCUGACGACCUGGCUCAGUCUCAGGCCACCAGCCAGGGCUGCGCUCAGCAUGCCUAUCCCCUGGCUAUGGGGCUCAGCCAGGUCAAUAGAGCAGAGUGGCCAUUCACCACACAGUUCCAGAACGGGAGCCUGAAGGAGGCUGGUCCAGCCCCUGGCCCUGUACCCAACCCUGGGUCCUCCAGGGGGGCAGACCAUGGACAUGCAGCAGCGAAGCUGCCAAUUCACCAGCCUCCUCCUCCCUCUGCUGAGAGCACGCCCUACCCUGACCUCCCUCUGAGUGGAUUUAUGUGAGACUGAAGGCCCUCCUCCCUGGAGGCUCCAGAACCAGACAUUCCAAGGCCAGCCAGCUGCCCCCGGUCCCUCGGAGGGAGCAGAGCCCUGACUGACGACAGCGCCACACAACAGAGGCUAGAGGGAUAAGGAUCCUCCUGUCUGGCACCCAGCUGCACAUGGCUCCCCUGCGACCACUAAGACUGUCUCCCAAAUGGGCCCUUGUCAAAAGUAGUGCACUAUAUAGGGGAUAGGGUACAAUGUGGGCUGCUAUCUAAAACAGGAACCAGGGCAUGUCUGGGAAUAUGGAGGACUUGGACUGAGAGGUCCCGUGUGGAUCAUUUUGUUAGAGCUUGGCACUUGCAACGCCAGGGUUGUGGGUUCGAUUCCCAUGGGGGACCAGUAUGAAAAUGUAUGCACUCACAACUAUAAGUCGCUCUGGAUCAGAGCAUUUGCUAAAAUACUCAAAUGUAAAAGUGAGAUUCACAUCCAGAGAGACUGUCUGAACGUCAGACAGCAGGCAGAGGGACAGUCCGAGACAGAGAGAUUGUGACAGACAGACGGAGGGAGACCAGAGAAAGUGGAUAAUCAAUCAAAUUUAUUUAUAAAGCCCUUCUUACUUCAGCUGAUGUCACAAAGUGCUGUACAGAAACCCAGCCUAAAACCCCAAACAGCAAGCAAUGCAGGUGUAGAAGCACGGUGGCUAGGAAAAACUCCCUAGAAAGGCCAGAACCUAGGAAGAAACCUAGAGAGGAACCAGGCUAUGAGGGGUGGCCAGUCCUCUUCUGGCUGUGCCGGGUGGAGAUUAUAACAGAACAUGGGCAAGAUGUUCAAAUGUUCAUAGAUGACCAGCAGGGUCAGAUAAUAAUGAUCACAGUGGUUGUAGAGGGUGAAACAGGUCAGCACCUCAGGAGUAAAUGUCAGUUGGCUUUUCAUAGCCGAUCAUUCAGAGUAUCUCUACCGCUCCUGCUGACUCUAGAGAGUUGAAAACAGAAGGUCUGAGACAGGUAGCACGUCCGGUGAACAGGUCAGGGUUCCAUAUCCGCAGCCAGAACAGUUGAAACUGGAGCAGCAGCACGACCAGGUGGACUGGGGACAGCAAGGAGUCAUCAUGCCAGGUAGUGCAUAGAAAUGUAAUGGACUAAUGACCUGUUUGAAUGUGGACUUGCUUUAAAAAGAAAACUCUUGUCAGCCAUUUUGUUUGUCCAGAAUAACAUCCUGUUGGUGCAGUCAUGGUUUACUGGUCAGUGUGUCAGCAUGCCAGGUCAUGAACCUGAUGUAAUACUGAACAAGCAGUUCUUCCAUUGGUCAAUGAGUAAGAUGAGAUGAUGCAGAACUCAAAUGUUACCAAUCCGAAGAGCCCAUAUUCAUAAAGUAUCUCUGAGUAGGUCUGCUGAUCUACGAUCAGUGUUUUCUUUUAGAUCAUAAUGAAUAUGAUUAUAUGGAGAAGGGGGGUGGAUCUGAUCCUAGAUCAGCACUCCUACUCUGAGACACUUUUAAAUAUAUAUAAACCAUUGAUUGCUUAGAAAUAAUCACUUGCAUUUAAAGGUGCAGUUGAAUGAAACAAACCGUAAGCUAUUUGAGCUAUCCAUGAGAUGGAGUAUCUGUCUACACUGUGCUUGAUAUUUUUGUACAGAAUGCAUUGACAAUCCUACUAAAUCAUGAAGUAAUAUUUUGAGCAAUUUGAUCGCUUUAUGGAUCCUGCCUAUCUGUUCUUCAGCCCACUCACUUGCAUUGCAAGACAGGCAAAGUAAUAAUGAUUUAUAGAUUAGUUAGUAGUCCAAGACCCAAUGACAUUUUCUACAUCUCAAAUAGCACUCUAUGCCCUAUGUCGUGCACUACUUUUGACCAGGACCCAUAGGGCUCUUGUCAAAGUAGUGAGCUAUAUUGUGAGUAGGGUGCCAUCUAUAGGGAAUAGGGUGCCAUCUGGGUCUUUGCCAUUGAGUUCAAGUAGCAGAUCAAUGUGUUUGAUCUACAUAUCUAACUUGAAGAAAAUGUAUGCACUUAUUUAUGGCAAAAUAACCUAUUGCACUCUUAGUGAAAGUAGAAGACUGUUGUAUGUAGCACUAUAAAUAAUGUACCUUGUUUAACUGAGCCAAUCAUGUUCAUGUUGCUAUGCAGAAUAGUGCAGUGGAACAUUAGACCCCUUGUUGUUUGGAGGUCUGUCACUUCAUUGACAUAAUUCUGUGAAAGUCAGGGUUUAUUUAAUUUAUUUUGUCAAAAGACAAAUCUAACUUUAGAUAUGUUCAAAUUCAAUCAAUGAAAAUGUUCAGUUUUGCAUUUGUUUGUAUUUUGUAUGAAAUUGUGUACAAUUUAUGUAAUGAGCAAUCACACUGCAGGAAGAGAAA